AGAGACGAAUCAAUGCGAGGUCGGGCGAUCCGUGCUUUCCUGGCCACAUCUGUCUUUAAUACCGUCGGUUUACCUCCGCAAAUUGAGGGCGUUCUUGGGAUUCCGUGCACAAAUUCCAGCUGCGUUGAGAAAAAAUAUAGCGGGUCCAUUUAGACGGUAGGUCAUGGCAUAAUUUCGCUGAAAAUCCAACAACAACAAGGAUGGUACGAGGAAUGUGAGCGCGCGCGCCUCUUUCCCUGAUCACGAAAUUCGCACCGCGCGUUCCCGGAAAAUACGAGCGACAGACGAAGCAACAUGGCGGCCGUUCGAACACUCCUCGCCUGUCUGUACUGCGUCAUGGCGUCAGUCUACGCCCAGCCUGCUGCGCCCAGGAUUAUAACCAUCGGGGCGACGCUCAGCUCAAGCAAACACCAAGAAGUCUUCGCUGAUGCCGUGAACAAAACCGGUUUUAAGUCUACAUCGCUGGUGAUGGAAGCCAACCCCAUACGUACGGCGCUUCUGGUGUGCGAGAAGCUUGUUUCCCAGAAGGUGUAUGCCGUGAUCGCCAGUCACCCUACAGACUCUGACCUUGCACCUGUGUCUGUGUCCUACACCUCUGGGUUCUAUCGGAUACCAGUCAUCGGUAUCAGCAACAGAGAGUCCAUCUUCUCAGACAAGAACAUCCACCAGUCCUUCCUGCGGACUGUCCCACCCUACUCCCAGCAGGCUGAUGUCUGGUUCUCCAUCCUGAACUACUUCAAGUGGAAACACGUCAUCCUCAUCACCAGCAGCGAUCGCGAUGGACGGGCCAUGCUCAACAAGUUCGAGACCCUGGUGGAAGAGUCUGACGUUAAGAUUGAGAAGUACCUGCCAUACCAGCCUGGUACCAACAAUGUCACCAGUCUGCUGGCACAAACAGAAGACGUGGAGUCCAGAGUGCUACUGCUGUACUGCAGUGAGGAUGAUGGUGUAGUGUUCUACAGAGAUGCCAAGGCUCUGAACAUGACCAGAUACGGCUUCGUGUGGAUUGUGUCAGAGCAGGCCGUCAGCGGGAAGGCUCUGAAAGUUGCACCGGAGGGUGUCCUAGGGUUACAGUUGGUGAAUGGUUCCAACGAGGAUGCCCACAUCCAUGACGCAGUAGCGGUGGUGAAGGAGGGCCUGAGUGCCAUGUUUGGGAAGGAGAACAUCAGGAUCAAUGGAGAACAGAUUAUCUGGCCUGGAGGAGAGACCAAGAGACCAGAGGGCUUCAACAUCUCAACCAGACUCAAAACAGUGACUAUAGAAAUGCACCCUUUCAUCUACGUGCUGGACGCCCAGCGUGAUGGGUCAUGCCGGCCGAAGCAGGUUCCCUGCCUGGUCCCCAAUGACACCAAUUAUGGUAGUAGUGCUGGUGAGAUGCAGUGUUGUGAAGGGUUCUGCAUCAACCUGCUCAAGGAACUGGCCAAGAAGCUCAACUUCACUUAUGACGUCCACCUGGUCAAGGAUGGCAAGUUCGGAACACAAGAACGGGCAAAUAACAGCAACAAGAAAGAGUGGAACGGCAUGAUUGGGGAACUGCUGCGAGGAGAGGCAGACCUGAUCGUUGCUCCCCUCACCAUCAACAAUGAGCGUGCCCAGUACAUAGAAUUCUCCAAGCCAUUCAAGUACCAGGGCCUAACCAUUCUGGUGAAAAAGGAAACCCAGAAGAGCAGCCUGGAUUCGUUCCUCCAGCCUUUCCAGAGCACCCUAUGGCUACUGGUGGGUCUGUCCGUGCACGUGGUGGCUCUCAUGCUGUACCUUCUGGACCGCUUCAGUCCUUUCGGACGGUUCAAGCUCAGUAACGAUGAGGAAGAAGAGGAUGCCCUGAACCUGUCCAGUGCCAUGUGGUUCUCCUGGGGUGUGCUGCUCAACAGUGGGAUCGGAGAAGGGACACCCCGCAGUUUCAGUGCACGUGUGUUAGGCAUGGUGUGGGCAGGGUUUGCCAUGAUCAUCGUAGCCUCCUACACUGCCAACCUGGCUGCCUUCCUGGUGCUGGACAGACCAGAGGCAAGCAUCUCUGGGAUCAACGAUGCAAGGCUGAGGAACCCAUCUGACAAGUUCAUCUACGCCACGGUGAAGGGCAGCUCGGUGGACAUGUACUUCCGACGGCAGGUGGAGUUCAGCACCAUGUACAGGGCCAUGGAGAAGCACAACUACGACAACUCUGCAGAUGCCAUCGCUGCUGUGAAAAGCGGUGACCUGAAUGCGUUUAUCUGGGACUCAGCCGUCCUGGAUUUCGAGGCCUCGCGGAACUGUGACCUGGUGACAGCCGGAGAGUUGUUCUUCCGCUCAGGUUUUGGGAUAGGGAUGAGAAAGGACAGUCCGUGGGGCCAGGAGAUCUCCCUGCAGAUUCUGAGUUUCCACGAGAGCGGGUUUAUGGAAGAGCUGGACCGGGAGUGGGUCCGAUACGAGGACUGCCAGACCAGCAAGAACUCACCCGCAACACUCACAUUCGAGAACAUGGCAGGCGUUUUCAUGCUUGUGGCUGGAGGGAUUGUAGCAGGAGUGUUUCUGAUCUUCAUCGAGAUCGCGUACAAACGCCAUCGCACCAGGAAGGAGAAGGAGACACAGCUGGCCAAAGCCGCUGUCGGCAAGUGGAAGAAAUGUGCUGCUGAUAAGAACAUGAAGAAACCUAGCAGAGGGUUCAGUCUCAGGAAGAGCAAGAAGAACAAGUCCAACGACAACAAAGCACACAAAGCGAUGAAGGCCGACAACCUGGGGAUCGAGGUGCAGGCUGCUGAGAUGAUGUCCCCACAGAGCGGGCCGCCCUCCAUGAUGACUGACCUCAGCACAAGCAGCUUCCGACAGUCCAGCGUCGUCAGGAAGAACCCCAUCUACCACAACUCUGACGUGGAUGAAAACGUCGUUUAGCAGCCUAACCUGACUCAUGUUAUGCCUCUAGCAGCCCUUCACAACU